AUGGGCAGACAGAACCCGUCCAGACUCGUGGACCUGGCCGCCCAGAGCCUUUUAGAGCAUGAAGCCGCUGCCAUGGCCGCCCUGCAGUCACUUCCCAGGGAAUGCUUUCCACCGCUGUUCGUGUUGGCGGUUGCGAGGAGACGCUGCAGGACGGUCCAGGCGAUGGUGGUGGCCUGGCCGUUCCCCUACCUCCCCCUGGGGGCGCUGCUGGAAGCUCCGCAGUGUGAUCAGGACAUCUUGAAGGCUGCCCUCAAUGGCCUCGAUGUGCUGCUUGCCCAUGACUUUCGACCUACACGUUGGAAACUCCAAGUGCUGGACCUCAGAAGCGACACUUACACCAACUUCUGGCACGUGUGGGCUGGGCUGGGGGACGGGAUCUCAGCGAGCCCCUUACGGGAGAGUGGGGCUGCGCAGCCCAGCCCAGAGAGGCACAGAGUGCGGCCCUCCAGCACAGGGGAGAAGAAGCAGUGCUCCGCUGAACCGGGAGUCCUGGUGCUGCUGUCGGACCUGUGCUUCACGGAGCCCUCUCCAGAUGAAUUGCUCACUUUCCUUGUGAAGAGGGUCGAAGAGAAGAAACUACUACCACAACUGUGCUGUCGGAGGCUAGAGUUUCUUGCUGAGCUAUUGAGAUUUCACAUUGUCAAAAAGAUCUUUGAUAAGGUACACCUAGACUGUAUGGAGGAGGUAGAAGUCAGCUGCCACUUGCAAUUAGAUCACAAGGCUAAAUUUACUCAAUGCCUGCGGAAGAUGGUUCAUCUGAACAGCUUGUACCUUGGUCGAGAUUUUCUUGACCACUGGACCCACUGGGACGCAACAGUGGUAACGAGCCUGUUUGCUCAAUUCUCCAUCGUGUUCUUACACCUGCAGCAUCUCCGCCACCUCCACAUACACUUAACCAGCUCUCUUCCCGGUCAAUUGUAUCAGGUCUUCAGGUACCUGGAGGCCCCACUAGAGUGCCUCUACAUUACUGAUUCUUGUAUGACAGGAUCUGACUUGGAAUACUUGUCCAGGUGUUCGAGCACCUGCCGCCUGAGUAGCCUGCAUCUCAGAAAUGUGCAGAUCGUAGGUGUAGCUGCUGUGUUCCUCAACAUUCUGCUGGAGAGAAUCUCAGGCACCCUGAAAAAACUGGACUUGAGCGGCUGUGGCAUGACUGACAUCGAGUUCACAGCCCUCCUGCCUGCCCUGGGCCGAUGCUCCCAGCUCGAUUUCCUCAGGUUCAGUGGAAACUCGCUCUUGAUGGACGUCCUGGAGAGCCUGCUGCUGUGCACCCUCCCUCAGAACAAGAUCACGAUGCUGGAGGUGCCGCUCCCUCGGGAGUGCUGUGUGAGCUGCGGAGGAAUGAGAAUCAUAGACAUGAGGGCUGUGCAGAAUUGGCUGGAGCAGCUGAGUCAGGUCCUGGAGGACCUAGGACUGGAGUUGGACUGCCCAGCCCAGGCCGCCUUCCUUAGGCGCUGGCUUGUCCUGAGGGCCGUCAAGUCCUCCAGCUUCGCUGCUGACUUCCGGCUCAUCCUCCCGCUCAGCAGGGCUUCAACCACCCUGACCAGCUGCCCUGGUUGUCCUGCAGGGCCUGUAGGGGUGCAGGCUCCCUUGGUGCUGGAAUACCAGGGUGUCCCCGACCCGCCUGAGUGCUGCAUGGCCACCAAGGACAUCCAGGAAAUCCACACUGGGAGACUUUCCCUGGGCUGGCAGCCCGACUGGGCCAAGUCCUGCUGGACCAGGGCUUUGGGGCAGCCGUCAACAGGGUGA